AUGGGCUUACUGAACAACGGGUUCAGCCCUUUACUGGAAACACCGCGCCUUGUACCUGAUCUGGGUAUACCAGUCACUUCUGCAACAGUGGAAAUACGUAUUAUCAACACUACAUGCUACCAGAAAACAAGCACAGCACAUCUUCUUGGUCAACCUAUACCUGGUCACGAAACUAUAACUUUCCCAAGUUAUGCUUUUCUCGUCAGCAAUCGUGCCCAAGGCGUAAACGUUCUUUUCGAUCUGGGUAUGCGGAAGGAUUGGAGAAAAGCAUGUCCUCCUGCUCUAUUACCCUAUAUUGGGGACGAUGGACAGGGUGCGCCACUUCAAGUUGAUGUUGAGAGAGACAUUGUCGAUAUCCUCGAUGAUGAUCCAGGCAAUAUUGGAAUCACUUCGUCCGAUAUCUCCGCUGUAAUUUGGUCACAUCAUCAUUUCGAUCAUCGAGGUGAUGUAGCUAGAUUUCAGUCCUAUACAAAGCUCAUCGUCGGACCCGGCCUUCUCGACAGGUACAUGCAUUCCGAGAUACACGAAUCAGAAAUCCGUGGUCGCGAUAUCGUCGAACUCGACGAUACAUCUUUCGAUCUAACCAUAGGCGGGUUUCCAGCACAUGAUGCAUUUGGGGAUGGUUCAUUUUACCUGCUGUCGUGCCCUGGUCAUACUGUCGGUCAUUUGUGCGCGCUCGCACGCGUUACAGCGACACCGACCAGCACAUUUGCUUUCCUGGGUGGCGAUUGCGCUUAUCACUGCGGUGAGUUCCGCCCUUCGCCAUACAUCCCUCUUCCACAGCAAGUCGCUUUCAAGUCAGCGUCGUGGCACUUUCCUCGUGGGCCACAAGCUGGUCCACCUGUUCUAAAGAACCGAAAAAUUCUGCUUUGCGCUGGCGAUUUCAUCAAGGAUAUCGUGCAUCCCUACAAGUCGGCCACAGAGUCCUUUUACGAGACGCCUGCCGAGCCAGUGGUGUCCAGUCACGACGAAGCCUGCGUCAGUACCGCCAAGAUGGAAAUAUUCGAUGCCCAUGACGAUGUCUUGGUAUGCAUAUCCCAUGAUAAGUCACUUAUGAACCAUUUACCGUUCUACCCACACAUCAUGAAUGAAUGGCACAAGAAAGGCUGCAAGCAGAAGCUGCAUUGGGAGUUCCUCAAUGACUUCGAUCUCGACCGAAAUCCGAUAAGUCCACCAGCUGCGUUACAUUUCCGCCGACAGCGUUGA